AUGGAAAAUCAAAGUGAUUUAUUUAUGAAGACUUCAAUUGAAAAUUUUGGACCGAACGUUGAACCUUUUCUUCAAGAAAGUCAACAAAUCUAUCAACAAAUUGAUCCACAACUUUUUACCGAUCUUUCAUUUAAUCUUUCAAAAGAUGUUUGUCUUCCUUUGGCCGUAGAAAACAAUUUAUUGGAAUCUUCUGUUGCACAAUUUGCACAAUUUCAAUUUUCAACGGAUUAUUACUCUUAUCCUUCUGCUACUGUUCCUUUUUUUGAACCAUUACAAUUUAAUUAUUAUUAUCCUUAUUAUCCUGUUUUUGAUAUUGCUCCAAUUCAAGAUUCUAUGGCAGAGACAUCAGGUUUCAUCCCAUCAAAUUAUUUCCCUCCAGAACAGAACUUACAAUAUUUCAUCGUUCCACAAAUUCCACAACAAUUUGAUGCUCAAUGUACUCAAACAAAUUUCUUUGAUUCUCCUAAUUCAUCAUCAUCCUCUCAAUCAAACUUUGUCAAGCAAUCACCAAAAUUUUCUUCACCUCAAUUAAAUUUAAAAGUUACAGAAAAUUUAGUUAAUAUGAAUAAUUAUACUGUGAUGGAUGAAUCUAAACUAGAGAAGAAAAAAUUACAAAAUAGAGCUGCUGCGCAAAGAGCUCGAGAGAAGGAAAAAUUUUUGAUAGAAAAUUUGAGGAAUGAGAAUGAAAUGUUAAAGAAGGUGUACGAAGAAAAAGUUGAAGAAAUGAAGAGGUUGAAUUCUAUAUUGGAAUCGAUUGAAAAAGAAAGAAUGUUAAAAGUAAAUUUAUAA